UUUCUUGUCACGCAAUGAAAUAAAUCCUAAUUAAUUAAUGAUGUGCAUAAGUAAUAGGAUAAACACCGAUAUACCAUUAUCGGUUAGUAUCAAGGAUUAGGAUCAAUAUAUUAUUCAUACCCAGAUCGAUAUAUUUAUGAACAAAAAUAUCAAAAAGUUUUCUCUUUUGCAAUUUUAAAUUUUUAUAUUUUCACCUGGAAUCUUACAUUGUAAACUUGGAGAGGAGACUGCACACACCAAAAUAAAGAUGGCUUUAGAACGAGCAAAGUUUAUGGAAACCCCGCUACAGAGCAGUAGCCAGAGUAGGGGCCUCCCAGGUCUCCCUCCCCUACCCUCCUCUGACAAGGAACAGUCAAAUCUCUAUCAGAUUGUGCUUCGUCACAGUGAGCACCCGCCUAUUAUGAAGGGGACGUCAUGGACCCUGGCGUCACCCUUCAAAGAACAGAAAUAUCAUAGGUCCCCCAGUGAGUCUAUUGGGAACAACUACACCCCAACAGCAUGUGACCUCAAAAUGAGGGACCUGCCCAAACUACAGAAACAGCGUACUUUAAGCAAUGGGCAUGCGGUUACAGAUAUGAGAAAACCAAAAGUUCCAGAUAUAUCCCCACGCAGCAAAAAGUUGCGUACUGAGGCCUGGACAGCUGAUAAGAGCAAUGGUCAUGCAAGACAUGGGAGUGAGUCCCCAGAAGAACUCCUUGAUCUGCCCAUGAGCAGACCCAUGUCUCCAACAGAACAGAUGGACGUGAUACUCUACAUGGAGGAGAAACAGGCAGAAGUUGACAAAGAACCAUCUGAACGUGACAUGGAGCGCUACUGGUACUACAUAUCGAAGGGCAUCAAAAAGGAGAUGCUGGCGCCCCCUCCUGAGUGCCAGAUGCCCAAUAUAAGACGUCUCAUUCCCAGCCAGUUGCUGAAAAAGCCUGCAUUUGGAGAAAUGAUUGGAGAAUUGAACGUCGAGGUCAACAGUGACUAUGAACUCAGCCUCAGGAAGUCAAUAGUUGACUAUAUUCUGAAAGACCCAUCUGAGAAAGAAAGGCUACAUAUAGAUUGGACACCAAAACCUAGCCCUCAAAGGGUUAUCCGUGCACCAGUGCCAUGGAGUGAAAGUUACAAACAAGCCAAGGAAUAUGACAAUACCCACCUAUUUACCACAAACCAAUUAAUGCUUGAGCUCCAAAAUAUCUGGUUCGACCAAUUUAGUCAUCUGCGAUUGGUCAACCUUCAGGAGCUUCUUGACGCAGAGCUCCCUCUAUUACCUUCAGAGUUUGAAUCCCUCGUCACAAAACAGUGCUGGAAUGCUCACGAUAUACUCGAGAAAAAGUGGAUCCCAACAUGUGCCAAAAUGUUCCUAGAUAAACCAGAGUUGUGGCAACCAUUAGUGCCUCCUGGUGACAAUGACCCCACAGAUCUAGUGCAAGAACUAUUUUCUUGUGUGGCAGCGCUCAUGUCAAUUCAGCUGCGUAGUAUGGUCAUCAAUACACUGGCUGAUUUCUUGACGUUCUUUCAAAUUCACGAGGCUGGCAAUGACUUUGGAACUGAGUUCAGUGAGCUCCAGUAUGUCAUGAAGCAGGUCAUGAUCGUCAAACUACGAGUAGAGGAACCAAAAAUAAUAUUCGAACCUCCAUUUCGGGAAUGCCGUGACAUCAUUCUACGCUGCUUUUCCGUCAUAAUUCAGUGUGGAGAAGGUAUCCCCAGGGUCGAGUGUGAGCUUUUCCCUGAGUUGAAAGCCCAGCGACUUGUCCUGCGUAGUGUUAAGUUAGAGGAGACUUUAGUCACAGAGUAUAUGGACAAAGCCAUGGAGAUUUUCAAGAAAAACACAUUAGGACCUCAAAAAUAUUUGAACAUGUACAAGAAAUAUGCUGAACUGCUGAACAACAAAGCUGAGCAAGAUGUGUCAGCUUUCUUAAAGGAAUCCCACUCCAUACAGGCUUUCAAACAGAAAAUUGACAGUUACAGAGAGCUGAAAGAUGAGAUAGCCUUGCUUCGUAUUACGGUGCCUUUGAGCAUGUUCUGUCUUGAUUGCCAAGCACUCAAUGCUGAACUAUGUCACAGGGCUCAGAAAUUAAGGGACAGACUUGUCGCCUUUGAAGUCGAUGAAAACAGAGACCUGAACAAAGCCAUAUGUAAACGCUACGAUGAAAUGGCGGAUCGCGUGAAUGAGAUUCCCUCAACAACGGAAGGUUUGGUAGAACUGCAGCAGUAUUUCCAGAGUUGUAGGGAGAAACAUGCUGAAAUACUGAAACGAGAGGUUGACAAAGCUGCUGAUACCUUGCUAAGCAUCAUAGAAAAUGCCCAUUUUUCUCAUGAAGACAUUAAACUGAAUAGUACAGUAUUCCACUGGCCAGAACAUAUCAAGACAGUCUUUGAGCUGAGCCAAUCCCGACUGACCAACAGACGUGAACACGCAGAGGAUGAACUCAAACGCAAGGUGUCAUCCUUCGAGGAGAAACUAGAGAUCUUCAAUAAGGAGGUGGAAUCUUAUCGGAAGAAAGAGAUCAUGAGCACUGAUGAGAUGAAGAAUAAUGUUGAAGCCUUGGGUAAACUACAUGCUAACUUAGAGGCAGCCAGGGAAGAACUGGAACAGAUUAACAAAGAGGAGACCCUCUUAGAGUAUGAACAGAGCCAAUUCCCUCAACUACAGGUGAUGUUCUCUGCAAAGGAACCAUAUGAUAAAUUAUGGAACACAGCACUCAACUUUCAUCAACAACACGAGGCUUGGAUGAAUGGCUCAUUCCAAGACCUAAACGCUGAGACAAUCGAUGACGAAGUGAGUGAGAUGUCCCGUAACAUGUACAAGUUGACAAAGACAUUCUCAGACCAGCCAGGCCCAAGACGUAUAGCUGACAGUAUCAAGGGAAAGAUCGACAAGUUCAAACAACAUAUGCCUAUUCUACACACAAUAUGUAAUGCUGGUAUUAAGGAUCGACAUUGGGAUCUGAUGAGUGACAUUGUUGGAUUCAACAUAAAGCCAGAUGCAGAGACAUCCCUUUACCACAUGUUGGAGUAUGGCCUGAACAAGCAUCUAGAGAAACUAGAGGAGAUAGGUGGCGCUGCUAGUAAGGAACACUCAUUGGAGAAAGCAAUGGAGAAGAUGAAAUUUGAAUGGAAGGACAUGCUAUUUGAGUUUAUGCCAUACAGAGACACUGGUGUGUCAAUCCUGUCAGCCAUAGAUGACAUCCAGGUUCUCCUUGACGAUCACAUCAUCAAAGCACAAACAAUGAUGGGGUCACCAUUCAUUAAACCCUUUGAGGCAGAGAUGAAGGAAUGGGUGGAUAAGCUAACAACCAUGCAAGACAUCCUGGAUGGCUGGCUGAAGUGUCAAGCCACCUGGCUCUACCUAGAGCCUAUUUUUAGCUCAGAAGACAUCAUGGCUCAGAUGCCUGAAGAGGGGCGCAAAUUUGGCAUCGUGGAUUCAUACUGGAGAGACAUUAUGACUGAGGCUGUUAAAGA